UGGCAGCGAUUACAGCCUCGAGUCUUCUUGAGUAUGACUCUAUCAGCUUGGCACACCUGUAUUUGGGGGAGUUUCUCCCAUUCUUCUCUGCAGAUCCUCUCAAGAUCUGUCAGGUAGGAUGGGGAGUGUUGUGCACCUCUAUAUUUUAGGUCUCUCCAGAGAUGUUUAAUCGGGUUCAAGUCCUGGCUCUGGCUGGGCCACUCAAGGACAUUCAGAGACUUAUCCCGAAGCCACUCCUCCAUUGUCUUGGCUGUGUGCUUAAGGUUGUUGUCCUGUUGGAAGGUGAACCUUUGCCCCAGUCAGAGGACCUGAGUGCUCUGGAACAGGUUUUCAUCAAGGAUCUCUCUGUACUUUGCUCCAUUCAUCUUUCCCUCGAUCCUGACUAGUCUCCCAGUCCCUGCAGCUAAAAAACAUCCUUACAGCAUGAUGCUGCCACCACCAUGCUUCACCGUAGGGAUGGUGCCAGGUUUCCUCCAGACGUAAUGCUUGGCAUUCAGGCCAAAGACUUCAAUCUUGGUUUAAUUAGACCAGAGAAUCUUGUUUCUCAUGGUCUGAGAGUCUUUAGGUGCCUUUUGGCAAACUCCAAGCAGGCUGUAAUGUGUAUUUUACUGAGGAGUGGCUUCCGUCUGGCCACUCUACCAUAAAGGCCUGAUUGGUGGAAUGCUGCAGAGAUAGUUGUCCUUCUGGUAUGUUCUCCCAUCUCCACAGUAGAACUCUAGAGCUCUGUCAGAUAUUGAGCUGCAGAUACCCAGACUUGGAAGAUGGUAGCAUGCUGAAAUGGCACUUCCUGAUCUUCAAGUGCGCUACUAAGUAUUCUGAUAGGAGACGCAAUCGUAUGGGGUGACGUCAUCGUUCAUAUUUUCUACAGUCUACGGCAGAUAAGCUUGUGAACAACAGGUGCCUGGUUUGUACUUGCAAAACAGGUCUACCAGUAAAUAAAAAUGUACAGGCAACCGACAAAAAUUAGAAAGUCUGGAAAGAAUCUGUAUUAUUUUUUACCAAGUCCACCUCUAUCAAUAAAAUCAGUCUUUACUGCCGCGCACAGAGUAGUUUACGGAGUUUCCUUUUUGGUGGCGGUAAUGCACGAUAAAUAUUGGAUGCCAACCGCCGUUAAACUUAAUCGAAGAAGAAAACUUCCCUGCGAUGGAUUUGGCGCAUGAGCACUUGGUCAAAAACAAUAACGAUUCUUUCCUGACAAGGAAUAUUUUCGGUUGCUUGUACAUUUGUAUUUAGAUACAGGGCGGGACUGCAGUAAAUACAGAUAGUUGCUCAGCGAAACGCCAUAUUUUAUUUCAGCUACAAUGGAUGCUUUACCAGCAUGGCCCAAGGGGAAGAAGCUGGUUCACCUGGAUCUGAAAGGAGCACCUCCUAGAAUUGAUUACCUGCACAAGCUGAUUGGUCUUUUUUCUGGUCUGGGUGCUGACGGUAUAUUGGUGGAGUAUGAAGACAUGUUCCCCUAUGAAGGCGAGCUGAAGGUGCUGCAAUCCACUCAGCAUUCACCGUACAGUCGUGAGGAGGUCCUGUCCAUUCAGGAAGUGGCCAAGUCCCAAGGGUUAGAGGUCAUUCCUCUGGUGCAGACGUUUGGACACAUGGAGUUUGUGUUGAAGCACAAGUCAUUGUGGGGGCUGAGGGAGGUGGGCCACUGCCUGGGCACUCUGAACCCCCACAGAGAGGAGGGUUUGAGGCUGGUAGAGGAGAUGCUUCGCCAGGUGGUGGAGCUCCACCCAGGCAGCACCAGCCUGCACAUUGGAGCUGACGAGGUGUACCUCCUAGGUGAGGGAGAGGAGUCUAGACGCUGGCUGAGCACACCUGGCCGUACAGUACAGCAGCUGUUCCUCAGUCAUGUGACCAGGGUAGCAAAGGGCGUCAGGGAGGCGUGGCCAAACCUCAACAUGAUCAUGUGGGACGACAUGUUGAGAGGGAUGGACCACGACACACUGAAAGGCAGUGGUUUAGUAGGAUUGGUCCAGUUGAUGCUGUGGGACUACAACCCCACCCUAGAUGUGAAAAACACGGUAUAUCUAUUGGAGAGGUACAGUGGUGCAGGGCUGUCAGAACUGUGGGCAGCCAGUGCCUUCAAAGGCUCUACUAAUGUCCACACCUGUGUGACCAGCACACAGAGGCAUGUGGACAACCAUCUACAGUGGCUACAGGUGGCAGCAGCCCUGCCUGAAGGCAUACACAUGCUGGGCAUCGCCCUCACUGGCUGGCAGAGAUAUGACCACCUGUCUGUGCUGUGUGAGUUGCUGCCCCUAGCUCUGCCCUCCCUGGCCUCCAGUCUACAGACACUCACACAUGGCCAGUUCAGCCCGGAGGCUCAGAGCAGGGUGACAAAGACUUUGGGCAUCUCUUCUGUAGAGGUAGAAACCAUGGAAAGCUCCACUACAGGUGACUCCGUGCUGUUUCCAGGGAGGAGGUUGGCAGAGCUGGUUGUGGAACUAACAGCAAUACUGCAGUCAGAAGAACUCCGCCAUUUUGAAGACAACAUGUUUGUGAGAGGCUGGUUCACUCCUUACCACAGACGGAGAAAGAUAGUCAGCCCACUUAUUGCUCAGCAGUUACAGUGUCAAGCCAUGACAUUGUUGGCUCUUGUGGAGCAGAGAGUGGCGAUGGUGAAGAAGGAGAUGGUGCGUCUGUACCCAGCCUCCACAGCUCAGGAGUGGGUAGAGCAGCAUGUCAGCCCCGUGGUGGCUCCCCUCCAGAGGGUCCUGGAGGACAUCAGAGCCAGCCUACUAGAGAUGGUACCCCAGAUCGUCUCAGCUUCUAUGGUUGGGCAGUAAGGUUUAGCCUGGGUCCGGAAAGCGAUCUAUCCGUGCAGACUUCAUACAGUGAGGUCCAAGAGGUAGUGAGAAAAUUAUUCCAUGAUUUUCAAAAAGCAACUUUUAUUUAAUUCUGUUUGUUAACAAAAAAAGCAAAAAUAAAUGUAUAAUUCUUUUUUUUUUUUUUUUUUAAAAAAAAAAAAAAAAAAGACUAGGCAAACCAGUACCUGAAGUCAUCCAGCAACACACAUUAACUGGACACAAAAUAUCUCAUGCUUUCUUUCAAGCAACAGAAGGCAUCUACACUCACCUUCCUCUUGCCAACAGAUGCAGUAACUUAGUUAAUACAGUCCAGAUACAAUGUAAUACAGUUUAUUUGUCAAACAUACAUAUCGUUAUUAACACAUUUGUCUAUGGACCAGAAUGUUACCUGAGACUGGUCCUUCGUUUUGUGUAUAUAAGGCCAGAUGAAAUCUGUAGUUUACCCUAUGAAUAAUAAAUCAAUCAAAUGUA